AUGAAGAAAAUUACAACUUCAACCACGAUUGGUGCAAAGCGGAAGCAGAACAGCAACAACCAAGAUAAUGAAGAUAUCACUGUCAAUGGUGAAGCGUACAUGCCGUCCUUCCAAUCUAACAAGAAUACAAAAAUGGGUACACCGCUAAUUGGUGUUUUCCAAAGUUCGCUAAGUACGCCUUUAAGUAUUCUUACAAAUGCUUCUUCUCCUGGACGAACGCCAAUACAGACUACGUCAACGCAAGUUUUUAGUAGCAGAAUGCCAUUUAGCAAUAUAACAAAUACAAAAUGCGGAACAGUUAAUGGGGAACGCGACAUACCAACUACAUCCAACUGUCAGAAUCGUUUCUUCGACUUAAAUCGAACACCAGAUUCGCAACUAGGACUUGAAAGUAAUUGUUGUAUUACAAAUGACAACAACAUGCAAAUUGUCGUGGUAGAGCCGGAGACUGAACCCAUCAAGCAUUGUCGAAAUUUGAUAUCAGAUUUUCAAGAAGUUGUUGAACAAUUGCAUGACAAUGUGCCCUCAAAAAAUGACUAUUAUUUUGAUUGUGGUGAUCCCGAGUAUGUUUGCGAGCAUUGUAAUGCAUUUUUUUGGUACAAUGAACGGGCAAGCAAUUCAAGGUCAUGUGACAGGCCUAAAUACUCCGCAUGUUGUGUGAAUGGUAAGAUAAAGUUGCCAUUGAUGACAACGCCUCCUCAAAAGUUGUUUGAUCUAUUCUUUACAUCAAGUGAUAAAAACAAAUGUUUUUUGAAGAAUAUAAGGUCCUAUAACAACAUGUUUUGCUUCACGUCAAUGGGUGGGAAAAUUGAUAGAACUAUUAACAACGGAACAUCGCCUCCUAUAUUCCGUAUAAAUGAUCAAAAUUUCCAUCGCAUUGGAAGUUUAUUGCCUGCACUUGGCACUCAACCUAAAUUUGCACAAUUAUACAUUCACGAUACAGAGAAUGAGAUACAAAAUCGCUCUAACUCUUUCAGGACGGAAAGCAACAGUUCUACAGUGCAUCUUGAUGUAGUUCAUGACAUUAAGCAAGACCUAGAUGAGCACAAUGUUUUGGUUAAGUCAUUCCGAAUGGCCAAGUCAUUUAUGGAAUCUAAUCCUACAAGUGAAAUUAGAAUGAGAUUAAUAGGGAAGAGGUCUAAAGAUGCCAAAACGUAUGCGCUACCAACUACUUCAGAGGUUGCCGCUCUCAUUGUUGGAGAUUUAGACCCUUGCAUGGGUGAACGUGAUAUUGUGGUCGAGUCUAGAUCUGGAAUGCUUAAACGAAUAGUGAAUUAA